CCGGGUCCCACGUCCACGGGAUCAUGUCGUCUACAGGGUCAACCAACCACAACAAGCGUCUGGCAUCGGAGACAGACAACUCUCAGCGGGUGUUGGACAACGAUUCUUCCCAGCACCUGAAGCUGAGGGAGAGACAGCGCUUUUUUGAGGAGGUCUACCAGCAUGACGUCGACAACUACCUGCCCUCUGCUCACCUGCAGGUCGACUGCAGGAAACCCCCCAUGGGGAGUAUCUCUUCUAUGGAGGUGAAUGUGGACGUCCUGGAGCAGAUGGACCUGAUGGACAUCUCUGACCAGGAGGCCCUCGACGUGUUCCUCAACUCAGGCUCAGCAGACGAAGGAGCGCUGGCAUCUCCACUUCCAGAGGGCGAGGAGGAUGAAGAAGAAGAAGAAGAAGAUGAGGAGGAGGAUGAAGAUGCAGAAGUUGUGUACCGUGAGCACCCGCCUUUGAAACGGCAAGAAGAAAUCCACCGCGGCUCGAAGCCCCGCAUGUCCUCUACAUCAUCUGGUUCCAGUGACACCAGCGGGGCUGGAGUCGACACGCCUGUGAUCCAGUCGGACGAUGAAGAAGUCCACGCCGACACUCUGCUGCUGACCUCUGUUCCCCAUGCCAGGGAUGAAGAAACAGAGGAGGAAGACGAGGAGGAAAGAUGCCUUGCAACUAAAUCUCCAUAA